UCUGUGUGUGUUUAUGUGGGUGUGUAGCACUGCUCCGUGGUUUGACUCGCAGUAGAUUGCCUUGCAUCACUACGUUGACUUAUUCCAAAAAAUGUCAAAUAUUUCAUUUUUAUGGCAAACCACUGUGCAGGCUCAGUUCUGCUCCCUACUAACUCUAGUUGUAUAGUCUCUCAAACACAUUUUACACCUCUUCUGCUGACACAAUUGAAUUUGACUUGUUUUAAGAGAAAACUACUAAAAUUACCAGUGCUAGCAAAAUAUAACACCUAGAGUUUCUAGUAUACUUGAUAGAUAUAGCCCUAGAGUUUGUGUGUGUGCAGUUUGGUGUUUCCUUAAUUAUAGCUGGUUGGCAAAACAAUCACUAUCUUACUAAUAAUUGUCACGUUAUACUAAUGGUGUAAUGUUGGUGUUGAUUCAAUUCCCACUUUGUUUUCAUGUGCUGGUUAUUAUGCUAACUAAAGCUUUGUUUAGGUGAUAAGGCCAAGAGAAUGACACUUCUAAAAACCUCAAAUGUAUUAUGAAAUCCUAAAAAUUAAAAAAAAAAAAAGUGCACAUUUUGCUUCAUAUACAACCUCCAACUGUGUAACCUCAGGCAGCAUAAUUCACAAUACCUUUUUUUUUUAGAGGGGGUUUGAGCGAUCAAAAAUACUCUUUGUGCUUUGUUUAUCAAAAGGAAAAGGCGACCUCCCUUCCACAGCAUUCCUGUGUAGUUUCCUUAUCGUAAUCUCACUGUCGAGUAAUCACACAAGCUCUCAGGAAGUAUUCUAUAUAUCUGGCGUUCUCUCACAUUUUACACAGAGUGAUAUUCGUCUCUGCUUAUGGUUAACUGCCCAUUUAUUUUGCGUUAAAUAAAAUAAGAGUCGAGCUCACAGCAGUGACACGAGUUAGAUUUAACCAUGUUUGUUGUAGGAAGCAGGGCUACACAGUUGGUUAGAAAACUGUCCAAGCUGGGUUUUUCUUUUUCAUAAAUCUCUCCCAAGUGUUUUUUUCCCCCUUUUUUUUUUACUAGAUGAUACAUGAGCAAGAAGGAAAAACACAAAAGAAUGACUUAAAGAUCUGCAGCAGGUGAUGGUAUCGGGUCCCAAUCUCAAUGAGACUAGCAUUGUUUCAGGGGGUUAUGGCGGCACGGCAGAGGGGAUCAUCCCCACCAGCUCAAUCAAAGACCUGCGUAUGAAGGCCAGGCGAAGUAGCGUACCCACAGGCACCUCUGUCACCUGCCACAUAAACCAGCCCCAUGAAUACCAAGGUUCCAACAUGCACCACAGCAGCAGCAGCUCAUCGAUGACGGCAGAAGAAGCAACUAAAGGCGUGGCAGUGGAAAAAAUAGAACAGAUGAAGAAGUGGGGUCUCAACACUUACAAGUGUACAAAGCAAAUGAUCUCCGAGCGUUUUGGUCGGGGAUCUCGGACCGUUGACCUGGAACUGGAGGCUCAGAUUGAGGUGCUGAGAGACACGAAGAGGAAAUAUGAGAAUGUCCUGCGAUUGGCCAGAGCGCUGACCAACCACUUCUACAACAUGGUGCAGACGCAGCAUGCACUGGGCGACACCUUCGCUGACCUCAGUCAGAAAUCUCCAGAGCUACGGGAUGAGUUUGGCUACAAUGCUGAGACUCAGAAGCUGUUGUGUAAGAAUGGGGAGACUCUACUAGGGGCCAUUAACUUCUUUGUGUCCAGCAUCAACACACUGGUCAACAAGACCAUGGAGGACACCCUGAUGACGAUCAAGAUGUAUGAGAAUGCCAGACUGGAGUUUGAUGCGUACCGGUCAGAUCUGGAGGAGCUGAGUAUGGGUCCGAGGGACGCCGUAACCAUGGCCCGCAUAGACACUGCUCAGCAACAGUACCAGGUCCAUAAGGACAAGUACGAACGCCUCCGCUCUGAUGUCAUCAUUAAACUCAAGUUCUUGGAGGAGAAUAAGGUGAAAGUGAUGCAUAAGCAGCUCCUCCUCUUCCAUAAUGCCAUCUCGGCAUACUUCGCUGGGAACCAGCAGCAGCUGGAGCAGACGCUGAAGCAGUUCAACAUAAAGCUGAGGCCUCCGGGUGCUGACAAGCCGUCCUGGUUAGAGGAGCAGUGAGAGAGACUGCUCGACCUUCUGCAAUCUGUUUUGCAACCACCUCCACCUGUUACCUGUUGAAACCCCCAACUUACAGAGGACCAGUACAGAGGGAAACGCAUACAGAUAAAUGGGUGGAAGAAUACAUGUGAUAACAGAUGUGGACAGAUGUGGGAGGAAUGGACAGAUGGAUUGCAGGGUAUUACUGAUGAACGGGCUAAAUACAGCGGGUGACCAAGUGGCCACUAUCAUGGACAGUCUGGGGGCUUUUAGUGCCUCUCUUCCCUUUUUAUUUCAUUCUAUCCUUAUCUGUGCUUUGUUCCUUGAAAACCCAUUCGUCUCUCUCUUCUCUCUUUAAAUGCUUUGCUGUGUAAGCCCAUCUUAGUCAUUUUUAUGACUACUAUCGCUGUCCUCAAGUGCACCCAGUGCCCUGAGGCGAAACUCAAUCACACACCAUCUUAGUAAGAGAGAAAGAUGAGGACAAGGUACAAGAGGAUUAAAACAUACUUAGAUGUAACCAACCACUUCAUCAAAACUAUUCCAGACCUUUUCAUUCUCCUAGUGUGCCUCUGUACUGUAUAUUUAAGAUGAUGGAUUCAGUGAACACAUAGCCUGGAGGAAGAAAGAUAAGUUGAGGAAAGACUUAAGACACAUCAUGAGAAGUGGGUGUGAUGCACUGAAAGCGAAUGUCCGGACAUGUAGUUAAAUCUAUGUACAAUUCAAAUUAACUGAAAUCAAUAGCAUAUGAUUGUUUGUAGUUUGGAAGAAACACACAUGUUGUGUUUAGCCUUGUUUGGCUUAAUUCUGUCGUCAUCUUUUUGCGUUUUUAUUAUUUCUGUUCCAGUUAGCCAUAUGUUUUAAAGUGAAGGACAUUGUGUACGAUUUUGUCAGUGUGUAAUAUUGUCUUGGACAAUAUGUACUGCACUGCUGAGUCUGUUAUGAAAUGCUAAAGUUAACCUGAAAUUCCUUUUGGCUCCAUGCGAUUUAUGCAAUGGUAACAAAACUGCCUCAGUAACUCCAAUUGGGUGUUUGUAGUUUUGUUUUACUCACCAAUAGAGACUUCAAUGGACCAUUUAUGGACGAUGAUCACUGUUAGGAUGGAUUCGGUCUUUCUGAUGAGGCUAUGAAGGAUGGGUGACCUGAAUAUGUUAGUCUGUCUGGUUUAACGUUCAGUCUGUUAGAAUGGAAUUCAAUUCAGUACAUGUUUCACAGAGCUUUAUGAACUUUAUAUUUUUGUCUUCAGUUAUUUUUCUCCCCAUGAAGGCAUGUCACUAUUAAUUAACAAUAUUUUUUUAACACUUUAGCCAAAUACUGUAUGUUUGCCUUUCUUCACACUGGAGAUUAUCAGUCUAAUAUAACUAAUCCUAAUAUUUCAGCAGUAGUUGGGGGUUUGGUUAACACUAAUGACUGAUUUGUUGAUUUAUUUAUAACUAAAACAUUAUUUGUGUGUAACAUCAUGAAAACAAUCAUUAGCAAGAGGGUUUUGCCACAAGAUAAUGGCACGGUACUGCAAAUGUAAUAUUGUAUUUUUAUGGGUCAUUGUAUUUAUUACGUUCAUUGUAUGUUUUCAUCUGUUGGAAUCAAUGAGCUCUGCGUUGAAACUUGCAUUUCAGAGAAAACCACUACAGUUCCUCAGGAUGACCACAUUUGUGAUAGAAAGGUUCCUCAUUGUCAAAUGGAGAUUACGUCAGUAAUCCAGUGUAGUGAGUGUCAUGUUUUUACCAUGCAGCAUUCAACAUACACACUGUAGUAACAUGAGAGAGAGUUCUGUGAAAUCUCCAUCAGUUGUUGGGUUAGUCCUUGAGCUUCUUAUCUCCUGUGUAUUUGCAUGGCAGGCAGCAGUUCAAAGUAAAGGUGCAGAUAUGUGUGAAUGAUCAGAUGCUCUACCUUCAGCCCUCUGUGUUUCAGCUUGCAUGGACCGGCUUAAUGCCAUGCUUCCAGUUGUUGAUUUCACUUGUGUAAAAUGGCUGAAGCAGAAUCCAAAAUAUGGGUUUUCUUUCAAUGCUGCACUCCUAAGAGUAGUCAUGAGGAAGUGGAUGUGAUGUUUUUGGAGGAAAGCUAAAAUGAAAUUAAGAUUUAUUAUUUGUAGUGUUUUGAGUCCUGACGGGUCAGUAUAUCCAAUGGAUGUUCUUCUGACUGAAUCAUAUGUGAAACUAAAAUGACAGUUUAUCUGGCCAGCUAUUGGUCUGAUGGACCAUCACACAGCAAUAGUACAAUAUGUGACCCUCUCUUUCCAAACCUGCCCUUUUAAAGUUCCUAACCCAACACCAAAAUGAAUGGCAAUAGGACUUUUCUGUUGUGUAUUAUAACUCCACUAAAAUUAAUGUGACAAAUAUUUAAUGUCACUCUUACUAGCAGUCUUUAGAUGUUGCCGAGAGAGAACCAAGAUUUAUAAAAUGAGAUAUUUUAUUUGUGUACAAUCAAUAUUUUCUAGGCUGAGCUGGUGUAUUGUACUGUAUGAAUGAUUGCACAUAGUGGUAUUUAUGAUGAUCAAUGAAGUUGUGUCAUGGAUUGAUGUGAUACUCUGCCUUCAUUCCUCACUCAGACCUAAAACUUCCCACCCCACUCCAAGGGAACAAAAUUAAAAAGUACACAUUUUCAAA